AUGGUAGAAAACAACGAGAAGGAAGAUGAAAAUAUUUUCGAGAAACUAAAAUUAGAGAUCAUGAAAUAUGGAGAGAACACUUCCAUUCGAGGGCUAUCAAAAUUUUUCAAAUCGAAAGAUGUUUUAUUAAAAAUUCUCUGGCUUUUGUUGCUGUUGGGAUCGACCGUUUACAUGACUUGCAAGUUGUGCAGCAUGUUGUCGGAUUAUUAUAUGUAUCCUGUGACGACGGAGUAUGGAGAAAAAAUUGGCCAGAACAUUAUUUUCCCGGACAUCACGAUAUGCAACUUGGACCCCUUCGAUGUGGACGAACCCAAGAACGCGCCUUUGAACAAAUAUUUGUAUAAGUUGAACGUUAUUAAAAAAGAGAUGAUCCAACAAAUAAAGAACGGCUCACUAACACUGGACACAAACAAAACGUCGGUUAAGGAGGUAUAUGAUGUCUUCAAUGAAAUUGCAUCGCAAUCAGGUUUCAUAAUAAACUUGCGCAAGGAUUGGUUAAAAUCUGAUGACUGUCCGAAAUUUAUCGUCGAUUGUAGUUUUUUCGGUAAAAACUGGUUCAAAAUUGAAGAAACAUGUUCGAUUAAUAAUUUCACAAAACAUUGGAAUGCCAAUUAUUUUUCAUGCUACACGUUGAAAACUAGUACAUUGAAAGUGUCCAACGUGACAGUUAUUAGAGGACUGAGCAUUCUCUUGAAUGUUGGUCCACCCAAUUUCUUUCAUGUGCACUACAAAUCUUCACUCACUAACUCCCAAUCGAGAGGAGUGCAGGUGAGUGUGCACAGACCAGGCUCGCCUCCUGAUCUCAAGCGAGGAUUCAGCGUGGCUCCUGGAACUGAAACCAUUGCUCAUAUUGUUCAAACUGAAAGAACGCGUCUGAAAACACCUUACAACAAGUUAAGUUGCACGGAAGGAAAGACAUUUUACGAUUUUCCAACUGUUAAGUACACUCAAGAAUUGUGCACAGAGUAUUGCCAACAAGAAGCCAUCAAAAAGCAUUGCAGUUGCAUGACGCAUUUGCUGAACGUGCCCGACAAUUAUACAGAGAAGAUAUCUUUGUGUGGGAACACAAUUGUUUCAGAUGAAGAGUUGGAUAGAUGUGUAACGAACUGCUUGAUGCCUUGCAACGAAACAGUGUACGAAUCAACAUUCACGUCAGCAUCCUGGCCUCAAAUUUUGGUGCAACUAGAUUUAUUUGAAAAAUUCUUCGUUGAAAGAAAUUGUGUAGACAGUAACACCCCUGUGAAACAGAGAUACAUCGAUUAUUGGAGUCAUUACAUAAGAAAUGACGACAGCCUUGAUAGCGUUCCAACAAAUUUUACUAAAAUGAAAGAAUCUUUACUCGAGAUUAAAUUUGUGAUGAAACAAAAUUUUCCAUAUUUCCAAUCUGACAGCCCAGCGUACACGGAUGACAUGAUGAUCGGAUCGGUGGGAGGAAUGUUGUCCCUCUGGUUGGGAAUCACAGUGGCAAGUGGAGUGGAGGUCAUAGAGCUGAUCUACUUGCUGUUCAGGCGCUGCUGGGAGAGUAGAAAGUCCAACAAUGCAAGGACAGAAGAGAACGAUGCUUAUGUGGAAGGCGCAAGUAAAACAGAAGAAAACAAAGAGGGAAGCUUGUUCUCAAGCUAUAUUUCAACAAAGUUAUAA